CCGUGAGCCGACAGAGGGCGAACAGACUUUGUACAUCCAAAAUCCGGUGUUUUUGUUUAGGCCGAACGGAGCGUGAGUUCAACUCAACAUGUAGCCUUAAUUUUAUUCAGAAGUCUGAAAACAGUGACGAAACGACUUCUUGUAAACACUGAGCGAUGUCUCAUAACUUUGACCCGGUUCUGCCACCAGGGGAUGAGGGAGAGAAAAAAGAGCCAGUCGACAUGGAGAGCGAGAAGGAAGGAGAUGACUCCAGAUGGAGUGAGGAACUCAGGCUGGUUCUCAUUGGAAAGACCGGAUCUGGCAAGAGUGCAUCUGGAAACACCAUCUUGGGCAGAAGGCACUUCCUGUCACAGAUCAGUGCUAGUUCCGUCACCCAGAUUUGCCAGCUUGGGAGCACUGAGUUCACUGAGGAGGAGGAGGAGGAGGGUGCUGAGGAGGAGGGCCAGACUGUCACACACAGGAGGAUGAGGAGAAUCACGGUUGUUGACAUGCCAGGUUUUGGAGAUACUCAUCUCAGUAUGGAACAGAUUCAUAUAGAGGUAGCCAAAUGUGUGUCUCUCUCUGCCCCUGGGCCACAUGCUUUCCUCCUAGUGGUACCAAUAGGUCGAUAUACAGACAAUGAAAACCAGGCUGCCUGCGAGUUGACCAAGAUAUUUGGGGAGGAUGCACUCUGUCACCACACAGUGGUUCUUUUUACAAGGGGUGAUGACCUGGAGGGCAUGGCAGUUGAAGAGUACUUGAGGGAGACUGCACCUGCUGAGCUUAAGGCUCUCAUUGACCGGUGUGGGGGCAGGUACCAUGUGCUGAACAACAAGGACCCCAGUGAUGCAGCACAGGUUAAAGAACUCUUAAUGAAGGUGGACAAGAUGGUGAAGCAGUCAAACAAAGGGUUUUAUACAAAUACAGUGUUUUUAGAAGCGGAGGCUGCCAUCAGGGAGGAGCAGAAAAGGAUGCUGAGGGAGCGAGGGCAAGCAGAGGGGGAAGAACAAGCGGAAAACAACAGAAGCACAGAUGAACAGGCUCAGCUUGCAAAACGCAGGAAGUGUGACUUGGAGUCUGGCAGAGCAGAGAGCACUGAUAGGGGAUCACAAGGGGUAAGGAGAAUGGAGUUGGAGAGAGGAAAUAAAGAGGGUUUUAGGAUGGAGAGAUGGACAGAGGAAAGCAGAGGCAGCAUCCUCGGCUUCUUGAGAGACGGAGUUGAACGUUCUCGGGACCGGUUCAGAGGCAGGCGCAGAGGCUGUGGCGGUGCCAUGAGCAGGCGACAGUCUCUCAGUUCAUCCUUGAUUCGCAUGAGGAGGGAGGCAGCACUCUCUGCUAAGGUGCUGGAGAGAGUUAAGAUCCUGGUGGCUGCUGGAGCCACCGGCAUGGCCGUGGGGGUGGUGUUUGGGGCAGCUGCCCCUUUAGCAGCUGCAGCUGGGGUUUCUCUUGUGGGGAAUUCAGUUGGCUUUGCUGCAGGUCAGUUUGCUGGGAUGUCUGUAGCGGGAGGCACAGGUGUUGGGAAAGCUGUGGGGGCCAUAGUGGCUGCAGCCUCCGGGAAAACGGCAGUGGCUCUGGGGGCAGCAACAGGUGGAGUUUUGGGUGGUUCUGUUGGAGCCAUUGCUGGUGCUGAGGCUGCGACUCCUGGAGAGGGCGCUCUGGAUGCAUUGGGGCAGGUUAGUGUCAUAGGGGCCACUGCUGUUGGGGUUGCAGCCGGUGUUGGAGGCACCAUGGGAGCUGGGGCUGCUUUAGGUGCAGUUUUGGAGGGAACAGCUUUCAACAUGGCAGCCCUCAGUGGAGCUGAAACUGCAUCAGUAGGAGCAGCAGGUAUGGCUAAUGCGUCUGUAGCUUACAGUGGUUUAACUUCAGCAGCAGGACAGCAUGCAGUGGCCUCUGCAGGAAGUGUAGCUGUGGGUUCCGGGACAUCUCAGUGUGCUGCAACAGGAGCAGCCUUUGCUCAGGAGAUCGCUGCAAGUGUCCCAGUGGCUGCCGGUUCCUCUGGUGCUGCUUGUGGGUUAACAGCGCCCAGUGUGGCAUCGGUAACCAGUAGGGUGUCAGACCCCUGGAGCACUGUGGCAGCAACAACACGGAUCCUGACUGAAAUAGGCAAAGCUGCAGCGGGCAUUGCCCUGGCUGGUGGUCUGGUAGUGAAGGUGGUGAAAGAAAAAGUCAGAUGUGGCACAGGAAGAACAGAAUCCAGUUACUCAGAGAAGAAGUCUUAUGAGAUCCACUGGAACAAAUAAAUACAGGCUAAGACCAUGACCAAUGAGAUCAUUUUCAUAGUUUUUCCUAAUCUUCUGAUGCAGUACUAGACUCCACGUUAGCUUCUCUUUGUGAGACAUUGUUAUUAUCAUGGAAAUGCUAGCAGCCAGAGCAUUGUAGUAUCAAACAAUACCACAUGAACAAGUAAUCACAAAUUAUUGUAGACAAAAUGAAGUAGAGUGAAAAUACAGUUGGAAACAUUGGUUGGAUCUGUUUGAGACUGAUGAAUGAGUUCAGUGACAUGCAGUGCUGUGUGGGAUGUCCAGUAAAGGAUAUCUGGUACACAAUCUUGUGUCUACCUUUACUUUAUUUCUCUUUAAUUUUUUUUUUUCUCCAAACACACUUGCAGCUGGUUGAUGUCAUCAUGGACAUUUUUAUAAAAUAAAGUACUUCUGGAAACUGGGCUGCUGAAAAUGUGGCUCAUCACAGUUCUGCUUUGUUGAAUGAAUCAUGAAUUUCAUUAAAGUUUACAAUUUGUCUUGUUUCCCCUUUCUAAAGACAGAUUACAAAACUGUAGAGACACCAAGAAAUGCUCUGAAGUACCACAAUUCACAGUUUGCUGUGUGAGAUUAAUACAUUAGCGAAGUUAGUCUUAUUUAUUACCAUAUUGAGGGUUGAAAAUAAACAAAAGUACGGAAGUAUUGAAAAGCAUUUUAAAUCUUAACAUGAUUUUUACAUCUAGAUGACAGUGGAUGGUUGCAUUGCAGUCUUUCACAUCUUAUUUUAUAUUGUAAACCAGACUGGUUUUGACCAACCAGUACUCCCUGUUUUAAAUUGCUCAAUGUAUCAAUAGUUCCAUGAGUGAGUUCACUUUGUUGCAAUGAAAUAAAAAAAAGACAAAGACAAUA